AUGGAAAAGUCCGACUAUGCCGAGAACACCGUGACGAAAAGGCUCAGCGGGGAGGAUCCUGAGAUCCAGCGCGGUGGACUCAAUGAUCCCAACCAUGUCGAACUGACACGUGCCCUCAAGGCAAGACACAUUACUAUGAUUGCAAUCGGAGGAGCUAUUGGUACCGGCCUGAUCAUCGGUACCGGAGAGGCUCUUGCAAAAGCCGGCCCCGGUGCAAUUUUGAUCUCCUACGCAUGGGUUGGCUUUAUAGUAUACCUUGUGAUGUGCGCUUUGGGAGAAAUGGCAGCGUGGUUACCAUUGCCUUCCGGAUUUACUGGUUACGCCGUUCGAUUUGUUGACCCUGCACUCGGAUUCACCCUGGGUUGGACAUACUGGUUCAAAUACAUCAUCCUCUCGCCAAAUCAAAUGACUGCCGGAGCGCUGGUGAUAUCUUAUUGGAUACCUCCCGAGAAGGUGAACCCUGGAGUGUGGAUCACCAUCUUCUUAGUGUUGGUCGUGGCGAUCAAUUACUUUGGAGUGAAAUUCUUUGGCGAGUUUGAAUUCUGGCUCUCGUCAUUCAAAGUCAUCGUGAUUCUCGGAAUAAUACUCCUAUCCUUCAUCCUCAUGUUGGGCGGUGGACCAGACCACGACCGAAAGGGUUUCCGCUACUGGAAGAGUCCUGGCGCCUUCAAUCACUAUGUGAAGGAAGGUCCAUCUGGUCGAUUCCUAGCUUUCUGGUCAACUAUGGUGUCAGCUACAUUUGCUUAUCUAGGAACCGAGCUGGUCGGAGUGACGGUCGGCGAAGCCCAGAACCCACGCAAGACGAUCCCAAAGGCUAUCAAGCUGACUUUCUACCGUAUUCUGGUGUUUUACGUCCUCAGCGUGCUCCUUGUCGGCACCCUCGUUCCAUACAACUCCCCCAAGCUGCUGUUUGCCCUCGGAGAUGGCAACAAAGCAAAAGGAUCAGCCGCAGCCUCCCCCUUCGUUGUUGCGAUCGAGUUGGCAAACAUUCCUGUUCUCUCCCACAUUUUAAACGCCUGUAUCCUGCUCUUUGUCUUCUCCGCAGCAAAUUCGGAUUUGUACAUCGCGACUCGCACAAUCUACGGGUUAGCCCGCGAAGACAAAGCCCCGAAAAUAUUCGCCCGGACCGACCGUCGUGGUGUUCCGGUUCCAGCUCUCGCCAUCUCAUCUUUGAUUGCGCUGCUUGCCUACAUGAAUGUCAGCGGAGACUCCAGAGUUGUCUUCAAGUACUUCGUGAAUUUGGUCACUAUUUUCGGUCUCCUUACCUGGAUCUCCAUCCUGGUAACGCACAUCUACUUUGUGCGCGCGCGCAAAGCCCAAGGUGUCCCCGAAUCCGAACUUGCGUACAAAGCGCCCUUCGGUAUCUUUGGGUCAUACUUUGCCUUGGGAUUCUGUAUCCUCAUCGCCCUGACCAAGAAUUACGACGUCUUCAUUCACAAGCCCGCUACCUACGGAGACUUUGACUACAAGAACUUCAUCACCGCUUAUCUCGGUAUUCCUUUGUAUCUGAUCAUGAUCGCUGGAUACAAGAUCGUUACCCGGUGCAAGGGUGUCCAUCCUCUGGAGGCUGAUUUGUUCUCUGGCAAGGAUGAAAUUGACCGCGAAGAAGCGGCCUAUCUUGCAGCGAAGGAGGCUGAUGCGGAAAGAAAUUCCGAUUCCGGGUGGUUCUACAGGAAGUUUGUUUCGUGGCUAUUCUAA